GAACAGAAGGAAGAACAGAAGGAAGAGGUCAAGGAUGUGUUGGAGGGCUUGAACAAAUUGCUGACCCCCAACUGGUAUUGGAGUCGUUAUAUAAAUCAACAGAUCGUUCCGAGCUCAGUGACCCGCAGUUUGGUGCAGGUCGCCGAUCCCCAGACGUCAUCGCCGAUUUCCAAUAGCUCAAAACUAUAUAUUUUGGAAUGCAGUGGCUCUGAAAUCGUCGCUUCGGCCAGUGGCCAGAAAAUCACAUGUCCACCGCCGCCAAUAAUGUAUCACAACCGAAUGGAUCCCGAUUUCGCUGACAUUUUGACCAUCGCGCGUCAAAGUCGCCUACGAAAUAUAGGCAGUGCCUUUAGCAUCGACGAAAUCCAGCCUCCAUCUACGUCCCCACCUGUCUUGGAUCCCAUUUUCAAAGCCGGGCGCACCUCACGCGACUUUGAGGUGAUUUGGAAGCCGAUAAGCGCCAAAGUGAACGUAUCCUGUGCCGAGAACAUUGUAAAGAAGGCCAAAAGGCGGAUGAGCAAUAAUGAGAUCGUGUGGGAGGCGACAAAGAUGUGCUGGCACGACGACCUGGAGAUCCAGAUAGAGUCAAGGUUCUACUUCGUGAACCGCUUUCUGUUCACAUACUUUGCACGCAAUUUCCGCGACUUUUCGAGUCCCUUCUUGCAAAUGCCAGUGCAAAAAGUCCAAAUGGCCCUGGUAGUUCGCAUCUACGAAUGGAUGCUGGAGGAGCAGAAAAGCUUCUCCAUUGGCAAGGAUCUGAUACCCAUCUUCGCGGCAGCCAAGUGGCUGGGCGUCAAGGAACUGAUGGAGCAGUACUGGGGCACCUUUUCGAUGAAGGGAGAUGGCGGCAUUUGGGAGAUUAACGCCUUCCACACCUACCUCAUGGCCAGGGAUUUCCGGUGCCCGGAGAUUAUGGUUAUAAUGCAGGCACGGCUGCGUAAGUGCUUUCUGCCCAUUGUGGCAUCCUGGGAGUUCCUCGAGUUCGAUGCCAAUGAAGUGUCCUCUGUGCUGAGCCAGGACAUGCUCUGUGUCAACAGCGAGGACGAGGUCUUCUUCGCCGCCUUCUACUGGUUGGACUUCGCCUGGGCGGAGCGCAAGCAGUACGCUGUCCAGGUGAUGAAAAGCGUGCGCUUUGGACUCGUGUCACCCUGGUUGCGCCGAUCCAUUUGCAACAGGCCGGAAAACGAGCGCAUCGGUGAGAUUGGCCAGAUGCCAGAGAUUAGCCACUGCAUCUGGGAGGGCACAAUUUUGUGUCAGGCGAUCAUUGCCAAUGAGCAGCGGAAAAGUCAAAAGGGAAAGCCCGUCAUGGAAAUGCUAAAAGAGUUCGAGCACAAAAAGAUCACGGAGCGGUAUUGGGUGUACUGCGAGGGCGUUCCGCACCAUCAUGAUUAUAAAUGCGCACGUUAUCGAGAGUUGACCUUCGAGAGCUUUAAGAGGUUCCUACAUCGCCUGCACUCGCACUCAGAUAUCUUUAUGGAUAGCUUGAAGUUUGUGCCGAACAAGAAUUGGAAUACCUAUCGCUGCUGCAUCGACUUGAAGUUUCGUCCUUAUUGCGAACGCAGCUGUCCCAAGGUGCCCUUCUACGUCAAGAAUCUGAACUUCAAUAAGUGGGAAAUGCCUGGAUAA